UUUCAAACCCAAACCCCCAACAAUGGCGUCCAUCGCCUCCUCCGCCGGCAAAACCCUAGCUUUCCUCAAGACGUUGAACUCUAGAAACCCUAAUCCUUUCCCUUCUCUUCUCCUCCGUGUCCAUGGCUUCUCUUCCGAAUCCUCGCCCGAGAGCUCCGCUGAUCCGGAUCAAGAGCCGCAGAAGCCAAUCCGGCCGAUGCGCGGAGAAGCGGAGAAGCUCGACGAGACGAUAUGCUACAUGAUGGCCCAGCGACCAUGGACGACCCGCCUCCAGAACUCCAUUCGGAAUCUCGUCCCCAACUUCAACCAAGCCCUCGUGCUCGGCGUCCUCCGCCGCGCGCGCCACCCGGACCACGCCCUCCGCUUCUUCCGAUGGGUCGAGAAGACAGGCUUCCGCCACGAUCGCGAUACCUAUCUUGAGAUCAUCUCUAUCCUUUCUCGCAACCUUAUGCUCAACCACGCCCGCUGCAUCCUCAUCGACGACAUGCCCAAGCGCGAGGUGGAUCGCGAAGAGGACAUGUUUAUCGAGCUCAUUCAAGGCUACGGCCGCGAGGGGAUCCCUCAGGAAGUCGUCAAGCUCUUUCAGAAGAUGCCUGAAUUCGGGGUCGUGCGCACUCCCAGAUCUUAUGAUGCCUUCUUCAAGGCCAUUCUCCGGCGAGGCCGGGUGAUGAUGGCCAAAAGGUUCUUCAAUGCCAUGAUUCGUGAUGGCGUUGCUCCCACAUUGUCGACCUAUAACACUCUUUUGUGGGGGUUUUCUCUGUGCAUGAAGAUGGAUACUGCAAACAGGUUCUUUGAAGACAUGAAAAUGCGAGGCAUUGUGCCUGACAUUGUCACCUAUAACAUGCUGCUGAAUGGUUGGGUGAGAGCUAAGAAGGUUGAUGAUGCUGAGAAAGUGUUUGCAGAAAUGAGUAGCACUGAUUCAGGUCCAAAUUCAAUCUCUUACAAUCUUAUGAUCAAGGGGUAUGUCUCUGCGGAUAGGGUAGAUGAUGGUUUGCGUUUGUUUGGAGAGAUGCGGGAGAAAGGGAUCAGAGCUACUGAGAAGACUUAUGCGGCGCUAAUGCCGGGCCUUUGUGAUGAUACAGAUAGAACAGGGGAGGCCCGGAAGGUUAUGGAUGAGAUGGUAGAGCGAAGAAUGACACCAAAGGACAAAUCAAUAUUUUUGAGGAUGAUUUCUAGCAUGUGCAGAUCACAGGACUUGGAUGGGGCAAUGGCAGUGCACCAGGCAAUGGGCCGGUUCCGUGAUGUUGCCGUUGAUUUGUCUCAUUAUGGUGUUCUGAUUGAAGGGCUUUGCAAUGGGAAGAAGUAUGAUAAGGCUGUGGAGAUACUUGAUGAACUUCUGGGAAAGGGGAUGCUGUUGAAUCCCCAGAGCGCAGUUAUUGAGCCCUCCGCAUAUAAUCCGAUGAUUGAGUAUUUAUGUGGCAAUGGCUUAACGUCUAAAGCUGAAGAGUUCUUUAGGUUGCUGAUGAAGAAAGGGAUUGAUGAUAAGGUUGCAUUCAAUCAUUUGAUACGUGGGCAUGCAAAGGAAGAGAAGCCGGAGUCUGCUUUUGAGCUCCUUAACAUCAUGAACCGCCGUGGAAUUGCAUCUGAUGCUGAUGCAUAUACCUUGCUUGUGGAGAGCUACUUGAAGAAGAGGGAACCGGCCGAUGCAAGGACAGUAUUAGAUGGUAUGAUUGAACAGGGCCAUUUGCCCAGCUCAUCUUUGUUCCGGUCUGUGAUGGUGGCUCUGUUUGACGAUGGUCGUGUUCAGACUGCUAGUCGGGUGAUGAAGAGCAUGAUAGAUAAGGGGGUGAAGGAGAACAUGGACGUUGUGCAUAAGAUUCUUGAAGCUUUGUUUAUGCGGGGCCAUGUUGAGGAAGCCCUUGGGCGCAUUAAUCUGCUGUUAUUGAAUAGCUGUGCUCCUGAUUUCGACAGCCUCGUGGUUUCUCUCUGCGAGAGCAGUAAAGCCAUUGAGGCUCUCAAGCUGGUGGACUUUGGAUUAGAGAGGGACUGUGACAUCAGUUUCUCGAGCUUUGAUUGUUUGUUAGAUGUACUCUAUUCUGCUGAAAAGGUACUACCUGCAUACUCAAUUCUGUGCAAGAUCAAAGCGAAAGGAGGUGUGGUGGAUAAAAAAGGGUGUGAGGCUUUGAUUGAGAGCCUGGUUGCAGGAGGGCACACAAAGCAAGCAGACAUUCUCUCCAGGACAUUGGCAGGAAAGAACCCUGGAUGUAAAAAGGGUAAGAAAAUUGCUGUAGAUGCCUAAUGAAGUGUCAUGCAUUAUCCAUUCUUGAUGGGUUUCACCAUUUUUGUUAUGUUGUAUCACCCUUUUUUUAUCGAAUGUUAGCCGGAAUGCCAAAUAAGGCAAAUGCAGGUUCUUUACCUGUUAUGUUUGAUCCUGAGUAGACCAUUGAUGAUGAUGGUUUGUUUGUUCAUUUUGAUACUUGUUUAUCAAUGGCUUUUGAUCA